AUGAUCAUCUUGAUCCGACAUGCUCAAUCAGAAGGGAACAAGAACCGCGAGAUUCAUCAGACCAUCCCGGACCAUCGGGUUAAACUGACCCCGGAAGGACAUCGCCAGGCUCUAGAAGCAGGAAGCAAAUUACGCGCCCUCCUCCGACCAGAUGACACGAUACACUUCUUCACAUCUCCCUAUCGUCGCACACGUGAAACCACGGAGGGCAUUCUUCAGUCCUUGACUUCGGACUCGCCAUCCCCAUCCCCGUUCCCGCGGCAUACAAUUAAGGUCUAUGAGGAGCCUCGGUUGCGCGAGCAGGACUUUGGCAAUUUCCAGCCUUGUUCGGCCGAGAUGGAACGAAUGUGGCUGGAAAGAGCUGAUUAUGGACACUUUUUCUACCGGAUACCCAACGGUGAGUCUGCCGCGGACGCCUACGACCGUGUCAGUGGGUUCAACGAAUCGCUUUGGCGCCUGUUCGGAGAGGACGACUUUGCUAGUGUCUGCGUGCUGGUUACGCAUGGCUUGAUGACGAGAGUGUUUCUCAUGAAAUGGUACCAUUGGAGCGUGGAAUACUUUGAGGAUCUACGGAACAUCAACCAUUGCGAGUUUGUUAUUUUGAAACUCAAUCCAGAUAAUGGUAAAUAUGUCCUGCAAAAUCAGCUCCGGACUUGGUCCGAUCUGCGCAAGGAAAAAGAGCUGGAACGGCAACACGAACGUGCAGCGAAAGGCCUCAGCCCUGCACAGCCCGCAACGCCGUCGGAGACAACGUCGGUACCGGUUAGACGCAAGUGGGGUGGCUGUCCCGAGGGGUGUAAUCACGGAAUUCGAAGAGGAGAUUCCUUGCGUUCAGCUCGAGCAUACGGAUCAGAACAACCCAAGCUUCACACUAAAGCUGACCACGAUGCUUCUCCAACUACAACCUCGAAAGACUCGGCCACGCAUGGAGAACCACAUAUGAUCGCAGCCCCCGAGCCAGCACUUGGAGAUCGAUCAAGGGAUGUUCGCCCUUUAGAGAGAACACAUCCUGCUCCUUUGCCGAAGUACGAGUUUCAUGGCACGCAACUAGAACUCGAGGUCUCAAGCGCGACCUUGGAUAAGGCACUGCCCAUCCGAACCAAAGCCAUUGCCUUGACUGACACAAGUCAAUCAUCCGACCAACCAUUCCCCUCAUCAACCCGCUCCAGCCCCAGCCCCAGCUCAAAUUCAGUCCCGCGCCGGCCAGACCUCCGGCACUUCCAUCGCGACAGCGAAGACCACCUCCUUCACCCACCCCGCUCCACUUACGCUUACAUCCACCUGGUCGGCCGUGACGGCGGAGGCUCCCUGAGCGGAGCGAACAGCCUUGCACCCUCUGAGGACGAGCGGGAUGAGAAACACGAAUAUCAGCACCACCACCACCACCACCACCACCACCACCCGAGCCAUGAGCACCAGCAUGAACCCACUCACCGACAGAGCGAUCGACCUCGUCGCACCCGUUCUCACAAUUACCACCGCCAUCCUCAUCAUUCCACCACCUCCAGCGGUCGCAGUAAUCAGACUAACGAACCCGAGCACGAGCACGCAGACGACCCUAAUGACCAAACUGAUACUACUCCCAUGAACCCCAAAGUCGAGGACGAGGACGAAGACGACACCCUAGAAGCCCAACGCCGCGAAGACCAAAGCAUCAGAGGAAGCGUCUACUGA